AUGUCUCUCUUGAGAUCAACUAGAUCCUCGCUUCGAGUACUAAGCCUAUCCAAACGAUCAUCCUAUCCAUCCUACAUCUCUUUCCGACCUCUCUCAACUACUUCUACCAACUCAAAAUCCGGCGAUCCUUUCCCCCUUCCACUAUCCACCCCGGAACUUCAAUCCCUUGCUUCCCGUCCUUCCGACUCGACGCAGGAAGACAAUUCACCUUGGCCAGAACCUCUCAAGCGGGAAGGAGAAGAUGAAAAGACUCUAAGGGCGAGAUUGGUGUAUCAAACGAGAAAACGGGGAAUGUUGGAAGGAGAUUUAUUAUUGAGCACAUUUGCCAGGGAUCAAUUGGGGAUUAUGAAUUUGAAUGAGUUGAGAGAGUUUGAUCGAUUGUUAGAUGAACCUGAUUGGGAUAUAUAUUAUUGGUCCAUAGGCAAGAAACCACCUCCAGAACGAUGGGCGGACACUGAGUUACUCAAAAAAUUACAGAGACAUGCCAAGAACGAGGGCAAGGUAGUUCGUGUCAUGCCUGAUUUAUGA